CCCGUGGCCGAAGAGCAGCAGCAGAGGCGGCGGCGGCGCGCGCGCCUGACCGACCAUCGCGUCAGCUCUUCACGAAAGGACAUGGAUGAAAAUGAAAGCAACCAGUCCCUGAGGACAAUUUGCCAAUAUCCUAAAGAAGCAGUAAGAAAGCGCCAAAAUUCACGGAAUUCUGGAGGAAGUGAUUCUUCUAGGUUUUCCAGGAAGAGUUUCAAACUGGAUUACAGACUAGAAGAAGAUGUAACUAAAUCAAAGAAAGGAAAGGAUGGGAGAUUUGUUAACCCUUGGCCAACAUGGAAAAAUCCCUCUAUUCCAAAUGUUCUCAGAUGGCUGAUGAUGGAAAAAGAUCACAGCAGCGUUCCAUGCUCCAAAGAGGAGCUUGAUAAAGAACUCCCAGUGCUUAAGCCGUAUUUUAUCGAUGACCCUGAAGAAGCUGGAGUGAAGGAAGCUGGCUUAAGAGUCACGUGGCUGGGACACGCGACAGUGAUGGUGGAAAUGGAUGAGCUCAUCUUGCUCACGGAUCCUGUCUUUAGCACCCGGGCCUCCCCGUCGCAGCGCGUGGGUCCCAAGCGGUUCCGGCGUCCCCCUUGCACCGUUGGUGAACUGCCCCAGAUAGACGCGGUCCUCAUCAGCCACAACCACUACGACCACCUGGACUACAGUUCUGUCACUGCUCUGAACGAGCGAUUUGGUAACGAGCUGAGGUGGUUUGUGCCUUUGGGGCUCCUGGACUGGAUGCAGAAAUGUGGCUGUGAGAAUGUGAUCGAGCUGGACUGGUGGGAGGAGAACUGCGUCCCCGGACACGAUAAGGUGACGUUUGUGUUCACACCUUCCCAGCACUGGUGUAAAAGGACUCUGACGGAUGACAACAGGGUUCUCUGGGGCAGCUGGUCUGUCUUGGGGCCUUGGAACCGCUUUUUUUUCGCAGGAGACACUGGUUAUUGCUCUGCUUUUGAAGAGAUAGGAAAAAGAUUUGGACCUUUUGACCUCGCAGCUAUUCCCAUUGGAGCGUAUGAACCAAGGUGGUUUAUGAAGUACCAGCAUGUAGACCCAGAAGAGGCUGUAAAGAUUCACAUUGAUGUGCAGACAAAGAGAUCUGUGGCGAUUCACUGGGGAACUUUUGCCUUAGCGAAUGAGCAUUACUUAGAACCUCCAGUGAAACUGAGUGAGGCUCUAGAAAGAUAUGGACUUAAGACUGAAGAUUUUUUUGUCUUGAAGCAUGGAGAGUCAAGAUACCUUAAUACUGAUGAUGACAACUUUGAGUAAAUAUGAGCACAGGAGCUUUUAAUGAAAAAGGCAUCAUCGGAUAUAAAUCCAAAAAGACUAAGAAAUUCAUGAAUAUUACGAUUUUUUACAUUUGGAAACAACUUCUGCAGCCAGCAUCCAUACCAACAUGUAAGAUUUUAUUGAAAUCCCCUUCUCCCGUGAUAACUGAAGAACACUUUGAAACUCACUGCCCAAGAGGGUGGGACCAUCAAUUAGGAGAAAGCCCACCUAAAAAAGGUAAAACAGUGAACCUUCAGUGAAAGUUGGCUGAAUAGCUAAACGGCCUUCCUUUUCGAGGCAGGUAGUUAUAUUCUGAAACAGUGUGAGAACUCGAAGAAGAAUCUCCUUUGCUACAUGGCCAUCAUAAAGGGAAAGGAAUGAUGAAUCCACCUGAAGUAGGAAACAAUGAAGAUUAAAAAAUAUACGAAAACAUUUUCCAUGUGUAUGUUCACAUUUUAAAGCUGUAGUAAAUGCAUUUUAAAGA